AUGAGGGGAAUUCUCUAUGUAGGUACUUUUAGCCCAAGUUUUAAGCGAGGUGACGGCCGUGUCAAGUACAAGUACCUGCCCCCUCCCUGUGUUAAGAUUUUCUGUGACAAUUUGCCUGAGUUCACGCUAAAUUUCAUGUUACUAGAGAGUGCACAAGAAAGUGCCGGAGCGGCUAUUAUGUGGUAUACAAACGGCACUGUGACUGACGAAGCCCCAGAGUACUGUUACAACUCAGCCGUUAUCUCUGUCAAUGACACUCUUGUGUGCAGUCGGAUUGAUGAAACCUGGCAAACGCCUUUCAAAAUUGCGGAUGGGUCUAUUAUUCCUGAUGUCGCGGCUCUUUCUGGCUUGGUAAAGGAAUCCAGCACCUCCGGCGUCGCCAAUAAUACCAAUAACGACCAUGAAACCGCUACACAAUUUAAAUCCAACGACUCGAACAACGAUGCGGCUAUAGGGGCUGGUGUUGGUGUUCCCCUUGGAGUUAUUGCUCUUUUUGCCAUUGGGUGGGUCCUAUGGGAAAGACAUAUGAGAAAGAAGACACCGGGUGCGGCAUCCCCAGUAUCGAUUGAUAAGAGUUCCUAUGUUCGCGAGUUGAAUGGAUCGAAGGCAGUAGAGUUGUAUGAUGGGUCGACUGUAGCAUCCUACCAUUGA